AUUCCAUCCUGCAGCCCACACGAGCUUCGCCGUCGUCAGGUCCCUACUGCUGCGGCGCCACGGGCUGUUCUGCUGCUGGCCGGCCCUGCGAAAACCGCGUCCGCCCCGUUCGUGCCCCCGUCUUCCUCGUUUCCUACUUCGUGCAUCUCCUGUCCACUUUCUGCGUCGGCCCUGCAACGAAAGAGCGGUGUCACUUGAUACAAUAUCGCCAGAUCUCGCAUUCGACAGCCACUCGCCUCCUCUCCCCUUGGUCCCUUCCGCUGUUCCCCAAGCAUGAGCUUCGACUUUGGCAGUGCAAAUGGCGGAAACGAUGCCUUGCUAGACCUCACCUUCAACCAGCACCAUCGCGACCGCACGGCCGCCUUCGCUUACACGCCUAGCUCCACGUCCCAGGCCGCCGCCACAACCGCUAUCAUGGCCAGCUCAAGAACUUGGCCUAUACCCCUCGAAAUGGCGACGACAACCACGAGCCCGCAGGCCAGCUCCCCCGUCGACCGCAAGGGGACGUCGCCGCUAUCCAGCUCGUCGAGCCCUCACAGCCAGCAUUCGCCGUUGCAUCAUCCCCCGCACUUCCAGCCGGCGACCAACCCCCUUACCGAUUGGGCUCUCCAACAGCAGCAGCAGCAGCAUCAACAGCAACAGCAACAACAACAACAGCAUCAGCAACAGCAGCUGUCGGCUCCGGACCUGGCGCAAUUCCUCCACGAGUCGACGUUGAUGAACUUCAACGCCUUCCCGCCCAACUUCCCGCCCAACCCUCUCGACUAUCUGCCCCCCUCCACGCAGGCUGCGCUUCAGGCUAACCUCUUGGAGUCCACCUUUGGCACCAUGCCCUCGAUGGAGGAAACGGCCCAGGCAAUGCAUUGGGGCAAUGCCGGCAUGGACAAUUGGCAGGAGUUGCAGAACACGCUGCAGAUGGACGGUCUUCCCCGGCUCGGCAGCGUCGGAAGCAACUCGCCCACCGGGACGUACCUGGAGGUACUCUCGCUGCCCUCGUCGUCCGGAGAUGGAUGGGCCAUGGUGGACUGGGGUCAUCACCACAAUCUCGAUCAGUUCCAGCAGGCUCAGAACGCAGCCAUCUUCAAUCCGUCUCAGACACUCCACCUGCGUACCAACUCGGACUCGUCUGACGGCGCCAACUCGCUCGAAUUCGGCAGUUUUGAGGAGAUCCCCCCGUUCCCCUAUUCCCCUUUCUCCCCAGAUUCGGACGGCUACCAGGACAGUCACAGCCACCGGAACUGCUUCUCUAGUGACGGCCACAACCACUCCCAUGACAACGUGAGCCCGGCUGCCGCCGUCGCUCCCGUGCCCAUCAAGGUCGAGUCCGUAGCCGCCAGCCGCCACAGCCCUGGUAGCGGCGCUGGCUCUACGUCGCCGCCCUCGUCAUCGGCGCGGCGCAACUCCGGACCCCGUAAGAGCCCCAUCACCAAGACAACCAAGACUAUUGUGCGCCGCACCUCCAACGGCAAGAAGGAUGGCACCGUGGAGAAGAAGGUUGGCCGGAGAAAGGGACCUCUCUUGCCCGAGCAGCGCAAGCAGGCCAGUGAAAUCAGGAAGCUCCGGGCUUGUUUACGAUGCAAGUUCCUCAAGAAGACGUGCGACAAGGGUGAGCCUUGCGCCGGCUGCCAGCCGUCUCACGCCCGCCUUUGGCAGGUUCCGUGCACUCGCAUUGACAUCAAAGACAUUGGCUACUUCAUGAAGGACUGGAAAGCCGACUACGAGAGGCACAUGGACCUGGGUGUCUCUGUUUACAACGUCAAGGGCUUCUCCCAAAAGGAAACCCUCAUGUGGAUCACGCAUGGCUAUGGGUUCGCCCUGCCAGUCAUGGUCCGCGAGGUAUACGUUGCCGAUGAAGGCUGCUUCUCCGUCGAAUGGGUCGAAUCGACCCAGCCUGACCAGGAUCCCAUCGAUUUUGAGACCCGUACCGAGAAGCUUGAUGUCGGAGCCGAGGGCGUCCGCAUCGAUGCUCUUGCCGAGUAUCUCGACAAGCAUAUCGAUGGACCUUUCGAGGACUUCAUCGACGACCAUUUCGAAGGCACUCCGUUCAUCACUGAGAUCCUCAAGACCGCUCACCGCUUCUACGUGAAGGAGGGCAUGACCGUCAUCAAGAAGGCCCUCAAGCUCGUACUGGCGUACAACCUGACUAUGCACAUCACCAUGGUGGAAAACCAAGGGUCCGAGGUCAGCCUCGACGGUCAGAUUGACGACGAAGACUCCAAGUUCUAUGGCCGCACAGUCGCGCCCGUCAUGAUCAACUUUCAGAUCAAGUGUGCGCUCGCCGAUAUGUGGCGUGAGCUGCAAAAGGACAUCCUGGAGGAGCUCUCUACGUUGUACUCGGGCGUGUACAGCGGCGAGAAGAUGAAGAACUGGCCCACGAUUUUCAUGCUCGCGUCCAUCCUGCUCGCGGUCUGGGAGGAGAUGCAGUUUGAUUGCCACUACCGCGUGCCCGACCCGGCAGCGGUGAACAAGUUCUGUAACGACAUGGAAACGACCCCCGUUGGAGUUAUUGUGGGUCUCUUCCAUGCCAUCUCGCAAAAGCUGCCCGCCUUCACCGACUGGGACACCCGCCAGCAUGGACACCUGUUGCACAACAACACUUCGGUAUGCGAGGCUAUGACUGAGGUUCGGCAACAUGUCAUCAAGCAUGAGGCGUACCUGCGAACCCGCAAGGAGAGCAAGUUUGACCGUUACGACUUUGACUCACUGUCGAACAAGUUCCUGUCAAAGCUUGUCAUCCGCGCCAACUGAGAGAACUUUCUCUGUUGCAUGAUACCCCAUCUAUUUGCAUGCUUGUUUAAUAUCCGGCACGUCUUUCCGGCGGCCUUCCUCUCCUUUGUUACACGCCCGGCUGGACCGUCGGAGCUGGACCGCACCUCUGCAGUCAUUCAGCGACGGCGUUUCGAUGCGACUCUGCGCAAGCGAUGCGAUGUGAGUCUUCGAAAUAGGACAUGCUGGGCCUCGGAUAUCACAUUACCAUUCUCCGCUGGCGGCUGGUCACCGCACAUACGGCACGAAGUUACCUGACACAUGGAGCAAAUGUGUAACGACCCUGUAACGAACUCUUUUCAGCUUACCCAACGAUGUAUGACUUGAAGAAGACGCAUUUAUUGAUUAACGGUGGCAUCAUAUCUGGAGACACGGGACACGCCCUCUUGGCAGAGGCAACGAAAUCGGAAAGCGACCUGUCAUUUUUUUCUCACGCAGCAGAGGAGGAUCAUGUUUCACGCCUUAUGGGAAACGAAAGAUGAGCAUGACUUUUGCGGCUUUAGAUGAACGCGCAUAGGGAGGUCUGUUAAGCGGGACGCUGACCAGCAUUGCCUUGCCAGUAGAAGUGGGGAGGUUUGGAUUCAAAGAGAGGCACAAACUUAGUUGCGUUGUUGGUUGGCAAUAUAUCAAGGCAUUCUAGUCCCCAUCGACGAUCGUCACUGGAAAACAUAGCUAUUGUGCACGAUUGUAUUGUGUCAAGACAUUUGGCCUGAGCUUGUUGUACAAUUGGUGCGUUGCAAAGGGCCUUGGACACUAGCAUCGAGACUACAAUACAGGCGUCGACAGCGUCCCACUUGGUUGGCCCCUCCCCCACGACGAUGCUACGUAGCCGAGGACGCCUCAACCAGCUUGUCAGUAGUAGUUGACAAGUUCUUAGCGAAUAAUACCAUGCCGCGUUUGUCUUCGACAGCUUCGUCGCUGGUGGCGCGUGAAGCGAUAACC